AUGGGUUUUGGAUCGCUUUUGGAGUUGAACAUCAAGAGAAUUCCGUUGAAGCUUGCACAUUUUGUAGUUCAACAUUAUGAUCAUCAAAACAACAGUAUUGUGCUUGAUAAAAAAAUUAAGAUCACAAAAGAAAAAAUUCAUAAAGUCUUUGGUCUACCAAAUGGAGGAAGAAGCUUGUUUGAUUUUCAUUUUAUUGACAGUGAGAAUGAAACGUAUGUUACAUGGAAAAGCCAGUUUACAAAAGAAACAAUGAAUGCCACUGGAUUCAAAGAAGCCAUUCUGAAAUCCAAAAGAGAUGAUGAUAUCUUCAAGCUAAAUUUUCUUUCUUUGUUUGUGAAUACGUUUACCGAAUCACAUUCUUAUGGGACGUGCAACAUAGAUCCUGUUAGAAGAGUAGUUGGAGUUGAAGACAUCUCAUGCAUUGAUUGGUGUGCGUACUUAAAUUACUGUCUGAAGAAUACAAGAUCUCUAUGUCAUCAAGAUAAAAAGAAAUGUUAUUAUAAUGGGCCAAUGUUGUUAUUGAUGGAAUAUAAAGAGAGCUUUGAUAAGAUGUUCAAUAAAGUUUCAUCAAGAAAGGAGGACAUGUAUGGAAUUGUUUCUGAUUGUAUAUCAACGUUCCCAGAUGUCAAUAUAACAAAUGAAUUGAAAGAGAAGUUCAUUAAGUUAUUUUCAGAUCCUAUUUUUUCAAGUGCUGAUAAUCAAAACAAUGAAAACGAAAAAAAGGGAUCACAUGAAAGGGUUGAAUCUCAAAAUGGUGACACGGGGGAGAAUGAUAUAAGUUCUUACAAAUCACAAUAUAUGGAUAAAGCUGUGAAUUUAUUUGAUAGAAUCGAUUUGCAGAAUGUUCUUUUGAUUCAGGUUCUAAUAAGAUGUGCACAGGAUAAAAAUAGAAUGGAGGUACUUUUUGAAACAAAUACGGGAGAGAUUAUGCAUAGACAGGAUUUUGAGAGCAUGCGGCCUAAACAUGUUAUACAUCAUUGUGUGAUUGAUUCUUGGGCUGUUGUUCUAAAUUACGAGGAAGAAAAGUCAAAAAGUAAAUCAUACCGCAUGUUCUUCAAUACCAAAAUUAUGAGUUCUGAGUUAUUAGAUGAAACUAAAUCUUUUGACGAGCGUUUUUUAACUUUUGAGACUCGUGUUGAUAAGUUUCUAUCUAAUUUCAAGGCAAAUGUAGAUUUCAAUGAUCUUAAACUCGUGGUUUUCCCAAUACAUAAUGGUGAUCAGAUGUAUGCUGUUGUUUUCAACCUAACAUAUCCACAAGUUCAUAUUAUAGACAACAUAAAAACAAAAUCGUUAGAAGAAACUUAUGGAAUGACACCUACAUCAUUAAAAUUGUACUUUAUACGAUAUCUGGAGAAAACUACAUUUAUCGUCAAUAAAAUCAAGGGUUUGCGAUCAACAACAGUGAAGAUGAUGAAAAUUGACUGGAACACAAAGAAGUUGACAACAGAGAAUGGAGCACUUUUAAUGAGACAUAUGGAAAAAUAUUAUGGAGAAAAGCAAGGAAAGUGGAAUGUGGAAAUGGAAAAAGGCAGUGAUGUGCAAGAUGUGCAAUUUGUAAAAUUAUGUGCCUUAUAUUUUGUUAAGAUUGUUACACAUGAAAUCAACAACCACAAGGAGAGAGUUAUCAAAGAGGCAAUCGAAUUUGGAAAAUUUCAUCAUGCGACUAGAAAAAAUAUGUUAGAGGAAGGUAUCAAUAGAAUGGAUGAAUUGGAAAUGGGUAAUAAAUAG